UUGAUCACUCAGAGGACUAAACAUGGAAAGAUCUGAACAUAAGGAGAUCUGAACUUGAAAAGAGAGACCAGGAGAUCCAAACACGAAAAGACCAGGAGAUGUGAACACAGACAGAAAUACAAACAGAUUACUGCUCCUCUGAUUAUGGAGUGAGCAAAAGAUCUGACCACAGAGAGACAAGGUGAUCUGAACAUGAAGAGCAGGACCUAAUCACAGUGGAUUUAACCCUUAAAGAACAGAAAACAGAAGUAUUUGAAGACUAUUUUUUUUUGUUACAAUUUUGUGCUAUGAAAAGGAUCUAACAGUGUGGAUUUUAUACAUAAGUGUGUGUGUGUGUGUGUCUGUGUAAUGGCCGGAGAGUGUCUCUGGACCACAGUGCAUCUGUGCCAAGGACUGAAGAGUGAGGAGGAGGGCUAAAGAUCUCUGAAACUUGACAAAAUGCCUGGCACACACUGACAAUAUGAGUGGAGAUGUUCUCUAGCUUAGUUCUGUUACAGUGAACAAAUUUCACCUGCUUGUCUGAGUGACAGAGUGCAUGGCCGUAGGCAGGCUGGUAUUGGUGGCCGUUGGCAUAGCGCUGAUGUCGUUGCUGUUAAAUGCAGCAGCGGCGUUUAGCUCUGGUUGGGUGCUGCAGGUGCUGGAGGAUGGACGCAGACGCACCGUCGGACUCUGGAGGGUGUGUGGAUAUGACGCAGAGACAAACUUGCAGACGCAUGGUCAGGUCACUGCAAGCACAGCCGCACAAGCACCUUGCCAGACGGUCGGUUGGGGAGCCGAUCUCGCAGGUUACCAGGAGUCACGCAGCACUGUCAAACUUCAGUUUGACAUGAUGCGAGCAUGUAAUAUGAUGGCGACAGUGGCUCUGACUAUGGGCCAGCUGAUCUUUCUACUGGGGAUUCUAAAGAUAAAGUGCAUUACCCCAGAUUCUCCUUGGUGGGAGGAGGCCAUCGCUGCCUUGUUCCAGCUGGCCAGUUUCUUGCUGGUCAUCGGAAUGGUGUCGUUCUACAGGAUUGGACCUUACACACACCUUUCCUACUCAUGCUACAUGAACAUUGGUGCCUGUUUGUUUGCCACACUAGCCGCUGCCAUGUUAAUCUGGGACAUUCUGCACCGGCGAGAGGACUGUACAGAGGGACCACCCGUCAUCGUAAUCAGUCGUUCACUCACCAUGAACUUUACACCACACGUAGACAACGAAUAUGUGGAGUCACCAUGCUGACACACUGACACACACACACACACACAUACACAUGCAUAUGAAAGUAGCUUCCAUAAGAGAGUGGACUGAUGUGCAGCUAAGGAAAAUGAAAAACCUACAUUUAUUUUUAUAUGUAACAACAAAAAACAUUCUGAAGAUCUACAGAAUUAUUUUAACACAUACAGCACAAUGCCCAGGAGUCUAGUACACUUUACUCAAACAUACAGCUAACUACUCAGGUUAAAGCAGAAGUAAACAAAAGUUGAAUACAACCAUUUUACAUUACUAUCAAAUAUUCCAAUGUAUAAAUAUGCCCUAAUGAGCCAAAAUAUUAGCACCACCCCCAAAUGUGCAUGACAAUGGCUAUUUAGAAGCAAUGGUGCAUGUGGGGUCAGAAAUCUAUUACAUGUUGGGCUGAUGGUGGUUCCUCAUAGCUCACAUUUUAAAAGCAGCAAAUUUGAUUUGCAUAAGGUGCUCACAGGCAUCCAUGGUGAGUACCCACAGACAGUAGUCCAAAGAGGGACAAGCCACAAAUCACCACCAACAUGCUGGGUGGCCGAGACUCACUGAUGCCAGCGAACAUGAAUCUGGAAUGGAAUCUGGUAUGGCUUAAAUUGUGGAACAGUGCCAUAAAUCCUUCUGCAAACUUUUGUCCAUUGUCCAAAGCACCUACAAUGGGCAUGCAGAUAUCUGAUACUGAGCAAUGGAGCAAUGGAAGAAGGUGGAGGGGUUUAGCAAAUUUUUUAAGAUCAUGUGAACAGCUGGGCAUGUGUUCAUCGUUUACCCAUGGAAGAGAAGCACCAGGAUACACUGUAGAAUGACCCCCCUCACAACAUACAGAAGUUAAAAGAUGGUAACAUCCUGGUACCAGAUACCACAGGACUCCUUCAGAUGUCUUGUUGAGUCCAUGCAUGUGUCAGCAGAUCAGAGCUGUUUUGACAUCAUGUUAGGCAGGUGGUUCUAAUGUUAUGGCUGGUAACCAAAUAUGAAUAAAACUGAUAUUCAGAUAUUUCAGUAACCGUGCUAAAACAUCAUACAUCUUUUGAGCUUGUUGUAGCUACUACACAUUGGAUAGGCAUGUUUAUUUAAAGACGAAACAUCCUAACAUUAUACUAUUCUUGUAUUUUAAUAUUGCAUAUUUAUAUAAAAGGGGACACAGAAUAUUUAAAUUCAUGUAUG